AUGCUUGCCAAUUCCAGCGGAUCUUUUCUUUAUUCUCAAACGGGACAUGCAGACCUCCAUAGUUCAGUAUGGGACACAACAGCUGAAGGAACACAGAACUUCAAUGGAGAAGAGGAUUUCCAUUUUUCAUAUGGACAAGUUACUCCCAGACAGGACCCAAAUGAAGCCGUGGAAGACAUGACCAGCAAAUGGAUUGCCGCGGAGCAGGCCCAAGCUCACGCCACAGAGCCCAUGCGGAGGAUUAGCUCGCGAAGCUCCUCUAGCAGCCACAAGAACAGAACAAUUAAGCCCUCUGCUCACAAGAGCCGGCCGAGACUACCUCAAGUCUCUCACAUGUCGAAUUUUGACAUGGCAGGUAAUCCACAGAUGGAUGCAUAUCUCCUCCAGGAUUCAGAUACCCAUUCAGUAUCUUCUCAGAUGUUCUACCCAACGCUUCCCAUGAGUGUAAGCUUAUCCGCGGAUGGACUUCCAUACUCUCCCGCUGUUCUCUCCUCAGGAAUGGCGCAACAGCACAUCGACCCAACUCAAAUGCAGCUGAAUUUCGAGGCUAACCUCGGGAACUCUCCUGCUGCUACUACAUGGAGCUCUCUCAGCCCUGUUGAAUCUCGGAUUUCUACCCCCGGUCCCGGUGAGGAUGCGUGGUCUGUUCCUAUGGAUGCUUCUCCCACGCGAACUGUUGACUCUUCGCCUAUUAUGGAUGGCAUUUCGCCAAGCCUCGAUCGCCAGAUGGGCUUGAUGACCACAGAGGACCCCAAUGGAGUUAUCUUGCCAGACGAUAUGUUUGCAUUGCCUCCCGCUUUCUCGCGCCGUUCCAGCGGUGACGGUGAGUCUUCUGCUCGGGAUCACCCCUUGUACAAGAACGCCUACCCGCAAACCGACGGGCUGUUUCACUGCCCAUUUGAGGGCCAGUCCAGCUGCAACCACAAGCCCGAGAAGCUCAAGUGCAACUACGACAAAUUUGUCGACUCGCACUUGAAGCCAUACCGAUGCAAGAUCGAAUCUUGCGAGAAUGCCCGAUUCUCCUCUACCGCAUGUCUCCUCCGACAUGAGCGCGAAGCUCAUGCUAUGCAUGGCCACGGUGACAAGCCCUACCUCUGCACAUACGAUGGAUGUGACCGUGCUGUUCCUGGAAAUGGAUUCCCGCGCCAGUGGAACCUAAAGGACCAUAUGAGACGCGUCCACAAUGACAAUGGAAAUUCUCUUAAUGCCGUCAGUGGAUCCCCUCCGUCCGGACACGGCUCUUCCGCGCAUUCGGCCAAGGGCCGGAAGCGCAAGAGCAAGGAUUCCGUAGAUAGCACCAGCAGCCGCAAGCAUGCUUCCAGAUAUGCCCAGGCAGCAGAGGCAGCCAUGAGAGCCGCCGAGCAACCCAUGGUAGAUGAAUGGUACCAGCACCACAAGGCUCUACAGACAUAUCUCCAGGAAUUCAACGUCCCGGAUGCUUUUGAUUACCUGCAAAACAUCUCUGAGGCCAGGGAUCACUUGGCAGCCAUGGGAAAGAUCUCCCAGAAGUUGCUGUCUUCCAACAAAGGGUCUAGCACCCAAGACUCGUACAGGCGAUCUCACGGACACCACUCUCGCUAA